CGCCGCUAGCAUGGAGCCCCCCGGCGCCGUGGCCGGAGGAGGCGGAGGGGGCAGCAACGUGCCGGCCUUCCUCACCAAGCUAUGGACGCUGGUGGAGGACACGGACACGGACGCGCUCAUCUGCUGGAGCCCGAGUGGAAACAGCUUCCAUGUCUUCGACCAAGGCCAGUUUGCCAAGGAGGUCCUUCCCAAGUAUUUCAAACACAACAACAUGGCCAGCUUUGUGCGGCAGCUGAACAUGUACGGUUUCCGGAAGGUGGUUCACAUCGAGCAGGGGGGGCUGGUCAAGCCCGAGAAGGACGACACGGAGUUCCAGCACCCCCACUUCCUCCGAGGCCAGGAGCAUCUCCUGGAGAACAUCAAGAGGAAAGUCACCCACGUAUCCAGCAUAAAGAAUGAAGAGGUUAAGGUCCGCCAGGACAGCAUGACCAAGUUGCUGACCGACGUCCAACUGAUGAAGGGCAAGCAAGAGAGCAUGGACUCCAAGCUGAUCGCAAUGAAGCACGAGAACGAGGCCCUGUGGCGGGAGGUGGCCACUUUGCGUCAGAAGCACACGCAGCAACAGAAGGUCGUCAAUAAGCUCAUCCAGUUCCUGAUCUCCUUGGUGCAGUCCAAUCGUAUCCUUGGGGUGAAGAGGAAGAUCCCCCUGAUGUUGAACGACGGCAGUUCCCCCCACAGCAUGCCCAAAUACAGCCGGCAGUACUCCUUGGAGCACCUCCACAGCCCCUCCCCCUACUCGGCCUCCCCCCCAGCGUAUGGGGGCCCCAAACUUUACUCUCCAGACUCCGGCCCCAUCAUCUCUGACGUGACCGAACUGGCCCAGUCCAGCCCCUCUCCCUGCCCCAGCAGCAGCAGCUUUGAGGAGGAGAGGAGCAGCCCCGUAGUCCGCAUCAAGGAAGAGCCCCCGAGCCCCUCGUGCAGCCCCUCCGCAGAGGAGGCCAGCCCCCUGGACGCCCCCCUCUCGCCCUCCGCCUUCAUUGACUCCAUCUUCCGAGAGGAGCAGCCCAGCAGCACUUCGGCCCCAGCCCCUCCCGGCCACGGCACCCGAGCGCAGCCCCAGGAGAAGUGCCUCAGCGUGGCCUGCCUUGACAGUGUGGGCCGAGCUCCGCAGAUGUCUGAGGUC